AGUGCCACACUGCAUACUUGCACAUCUCUACAGUGUCGAAUUGGACAGCUUUGCGUCCGAAAUUUUUAGCUUCGUUUCAAACAUAGAAAAACUUGCUACAAUAAAGUCGAAAGCUGAACAAAUUUAGCAUAAAGAAAAUCCAGAUUUUUUUCAUUAUAGCUAAGUUACACACAGCGCGUUGCAAAAAUGCACAGUACUUUACAAAUUUUGGCAGCGUCAUGUGUCAUCGUCACGCUGCUUGCUGCACAAUCGGCAGCGGCGGCAUCGACGGCAGCCAAAAAAUUGAUGCAGCCAGAUGGAAAUCUAAUCGAAUUGGACGAGGAUAACUGGCACCUAAUGCUAAAUGGCGAAUGGAUGAUUGAAUUCUUUGCACCCUGGUGCCCCGCCUGCAAGAAUCUUGCUCCAGUUUGGGAACGUUACGCUGGCACCGCCAAGGAUGUGAAUGUCCAUGUGGCCAAGAUCGAUGUGACAACUUCGCCAUCGCUCAGCGGUCGCUUCUUUGUCACUGCCUUGCCGACAAUCUAUCAUGUGAAGGAUGGUGAAUUCCGUCAAUAUCGUGGCGCACGUGAUGCUGAUGCUUUGUUGUAUUUCCUCAAGAAGAAGUCCUGGCAGAGCAUUGAGCCGCUGUCCUCAUGGAAGAAGCCCGACACCAUUCACAUGUCCUUGCUAUCCUAUUUCUUCAAGCUGUCGCACACACUGAAGGACUUCAACGCUCGCCUGCAGGAGGAAUAUGGACUGCCCACCUGGGGAUCUUAUGCACUAUUUGCCAUUGCCACCAUUUUUGUGGGUGCCGCUCUGGGUUUGAUGCUCGUCUGCAUUGUGGACUUUAUUUAUCCCCCAAAGAAGGCGCAGCGUCAAAGCUUCUCCGAAUCGCAGGAUAAUCUAGCCGAAGGAGUUGAGGAUUUGGCCACCGAGGAACUGGAAGAUGAGGAAGAGGAUGCUGUGGAGGAGGAUGAGGAACGCAAUAGUGAAGAAGCCGACGAAGAUGACGACGAGGAGGAGGAAGAGGAGAAUGAGAGCUAAGAAGAAGUGGAACAAGAAGAGGAGAAAGACGCAAAGAAGCCAGAAACUGCAACAGAUAAGACGCAAAAUAAGAAGGCCGAAAGCAAAACCGAAAACAUUGAAAACACUACAAACAAUCCAGCUGGCGAUGAAGCGCCCGAACUGCUAACGGAGAAGCCAGGCACAGAGCAGGUGCGCAAACGUAAGCCGCGCAAGGCGGAUUAAAUUGGUGGAUCCUUCCUCCCUCCGCAACGAAACCGAGAGAUGGGUGGCAACAAAAAAGACUAACCUAACAUUACAACA